CCUCUAGCGGAAUUUGGCCAGCACUAAAACUGGUGCACAUAAAACAAUUUUGUUUGUUAAAAAGUCAAUUUAUUUGCAAUAAAUAAUCAAAUAAAAGCUAGUGCCUGUGUUUAAAUAAAUCUUAAUAUAGUUUAGAAAACCCAAAGCGACAGCUUUAUCAACUGCAACAAAGGGAGUAAGCAACAUAAGCAGAACGACACAACACAACAACAACAACAGGCCACAAAAUGUCCGAAAUGCAAAUGGAUUGUGCUUUGGAUCUGAUGCGUCGUCUGCCGCCUCAACAGAUCGAAAAGAAUUUGAUUGAUUUAAUCGAUUUGGCACCAGAUCUAUGCGAAGAUCUCUUGUCAUCGGUGGACCAGCCAUUGAAGAUAGCCAAAGAUAAGGAGCAUGGCAAGGAUUAUCUAUUAUGCGAUUACAACCGUGAUGGUGACUCGUAUCGUUCGCCCUGGUCGAAUACAUAUUAUCCGCCACUGGAAGACGGUCAAAUGCCCUCGGAACGUUUAAGAAAAUUGGAAAUUGAAGCGAAUUAUGCCUUCGAUCAGUAUCGUGAAAUGUACUAUGAGGGCGGUGUGUCAUCUGUAUAUUUAUGGGACUUGGAUCAUGGUUUUGCAGCUGUGAUAUUGAUUAAGAAGGCCGGCGAUGGCAGUAAAAUGAUACGCGGCUGCUGGGACUCAAUUCAUGUGGUGGAGGUGCAAGAGAAGACCACAGGACGCACAGCCCACUAUAAGCUAACAUCGACAGCGAUGUUGUGGCUGCAAACGAAUAAACAGGGCUCGGGCACAAUGAAUUUGGGUGGCUCGUUGACCCGACAAACGGAACAGGAUGCCAAUGUGAGUGAAUCCUCGCCGCAUAUUGCCAACAUUGGCAAAAUGGUUGAGGAAAUGGAGAAUAAAAUUAGAAAUACACUCAAUGAGAUUUACUUUGGCAAGACCAAGGAUAUUGUGAAUGGUUUACGGAGCACACAAUCUCUGGCCGAUCAGCGUCAACAGGCGGCCAUGAAACAGGAUUUGGCUGCGGCAAUAUUAAAACGUAAUGUUAAACCGGAAUCGAACUGAAAUGCAAACACUGUCCCGUAGUCAGAAAUGCAAACACUGUCCCGUAGUCAGAACUGUGAACUGAGCGUGUUAACGAAGGCGAAUAUAGGCGUGGUCCGUGCUUUUUUUUUUUACAAAAAAAAAUCAAUCAAAUUCAGAUUUCAUCAGUUUUGGGUGAAAACUUUUCUAAAUGCUUUUCAAAUUGUCAUUUUCAAUAGAAUUGUUUACAUUAAAUUAAUAGGAAUUGUUUAGUUGAAAAAAAAUUUAACUAAUUUUAUGUCACUUUUUAGUUUUGUUAACAAAAAAUAGACUGAACAUUGUCAUUAUUUGCAUUUGAUGGCAACAAAGAAUAAAAAAAAUUGUAGAAAAUUUUCAAAUUCUUAACUAAACAAUUCCAUUGAAAUGCAUUUACAAUUAAAAAAUGAAAACAAUUUGAUAAGCAUUUAAUGCAUAAUAAAAAAUUUAAGCAUUUCUAGGCAAUAAACAAAUUUGUUAAUGAGAAAAUUAAAGAAAACAAAACAAAAAGAAAAAGGUAUAUAAAACUAAAAUAAUAAUAAUAAAAUUGUUAAAUUGAAGAAAUAAAAAAUAGCAUAUUAAUAUGUAAAUUUGCCCGCCCCCAAGUCCUUGACCAUCCCACUCACACACACACACACACCUAAGUAACGCCAACUUCGCCGCCCUCAAGACAGUAACAUUAAGUAUUUCUAUUUGUAUCUAAAAAAAAAAAAACAAAAACGAAGGCAAUAAAAUGUUGUAUUUCCUUUGCAAUAAGUUUUCAAUUUUUGCCUGCCUAAAAUGCAUACAUACUACCUUACUAUAACUAAAAAAAAAAAAAAAACAUUUUUCUAUUUGCGAAUACAAAAACAAAACAGAAAUUUAAAUUAAA